GUCGGCGUUACAAGCUCCUUAAACCAAGAAUAACAUUUUAAAACAAUAUCGUAUCGUUCAGACCUCCGCGAUAGGUGUUCACGUACACUGUAACAAUUUGUUUCCUGUACUCAGUUCUUUCUUUUUGUUGAGGGAGCUGACAGUCAAUACCAUUUUCCUGUGGGUGAAACAAAGCUAUUGCGACACGAUUGAUUUGGUCCUUAUUGUACAAGAAAACGGAACAAGUGGAGAAAAAUCACUGAUAUAAAUCAAGAUAUUGUCUUAAGAAUACGUUUAAACGUGUUUUAGGAAUGAGUAAAAUGAACAUGUACGACAUAUCUGUGAGUGCACCCCUCGGCGUAGGCUGUUGCCAUGUUCCCAGUUUCUUCAUGGGUGUGGUGAUUAGAUUGCUUGGUGAACGUUCAGUCUAAUCCUGCCAGAGUUGCGCGACUGGCUGGCCCUUUAAAUCUGUUAAAUUGUCUGAAAACUAAUAGCGCUAUCUUGACAUUUCUUUCACAGCUGGGACCAUGUAUGCCAUUUGAAAACGGACUACUGUGACACAGAUUGGAACGACGUGGAACCCCCCCCCCUCAAAAAAAAAAUCCAGUUUCAGGUGUCAGCAGGUCUGUGUGAUUUUUACAAACCCAGUUUUCCAAGUGGAGCGUGGCCUGAACACAUCACAGAGGGACAAUGAGCGAGCUGGAACAGUUACGGCAGGAAGCGGAGCAACUACGCAAUCAAAUCCGGGAUGCUAGGAAAGCCUGUAGUGACUCCACUCUUUCGCAGAUCACAGCUGGUCUGGACUCAGUGGGCCGGAUACAGAUGAGAACGCGACGCACUCUCAGGGGCCACCUUGCCAAGAUCUAUGCAAUGCACUGGGGCACCGACUCCAGGUUACUUGUAAGUGCCUCCCAGGAUGGCAAAUUGAUCAUUUGGGACAGCUACACAACAAACAAGAUGCAUGCCAUCCCGCUGCGCUCCUCCUGGGUGAUGACCUGUGCAUACGCGCCCUCUGGGAACUAUGUGGCGUGCGGAGGCCUGGACAACAUCUGCUCCAUCUACAGCCUGAAAACCCGUGAGGGCAAUGUGCGUGUCACCCGCGAGCUGCCCGGACACACAGGCUAUUUGUCUUGCUGUCGUUUCCUGGACGACAACCAGAUUGUGACUAGUUCCGGGGACACCACCUGCGCUUUGUGGGACAUCGAGACUGGCCAGAUGGCCACCAGCUUCACGGGCCACACGGGGGACGUGAUGAGCCUGUCCCUCAGCCCUGACUUCAAGACCUUUGUGUCGGGGGCCUGUGACGCGUCCUCCAAGCUGUGGGAUGUCCGGGACGGCAUGUGCAGGCAGUCCUUCACUGGCCACGUGUCCGACAUCAACGCCGUCUGCUUCUUCCCCAACGGCAACGCCUUUACCACGGGCUCGGACGACGCCACCUGUCGACUGUUCGACUUGCGUGCUGACCAAGAGCUGAUGAUGUACUCGCACGACAACAUCAUCUGCGGCAUCACCUCGGUGGCCUUCUCCAAGAGUGGCCGCCUGCUGCUGGCUGGCUACGAUGACUUCAACUGCAACGUGUGGGACACCCUCAAGGCCGAGCGCGCAGGUGUCCUGGCCGGUCACGACAACAGGGUGAGCUGUUUAGGCGUGACAGAUGACGGCAUGGCCGUAGCUACGGGCUCAUGGGACAGUUUCCUCCGAAUCUGGAACUAAACCCUCCACAUCACCUCCACCUCCAUCACCCCUCCACCAACCCACCCACCCACACCACAGGGCUGGACUUGAGGGUGAACACUGUGUCUUCUCCCCCCACCAACCCACCACCAACUCCACAACACAGGCAAAGUCCCCCCUGUCCAGCUCAUCCCCUCACCCAACCACCCUCCAACAGCCCAAGCCACAGCCAGCGCCGCCGUGGGAAAGUAACAACUCUUUCUACCUUUCCAAGUGACGUUUUUUUACCCACCUAUUACACAGAGGUUUUCAAGUACGUACAGUUAGUGUCCAAUAAAAAAUAAAUGAGACGAGAUUUUAAAACAUUUGCAAAAAAAAAAAAAAAAACUGGCAUCCCCUCUUCUUUUCAGACAGGGGGGGAAUAGAGCGCAUGUUACCGUGGUUACCGCCAAAUUAGAGGACAGUCUGUGUGUAUUAUGUAAAUGUAUAUAUAAAUACAGUAUAUAUGUAUAGCAUUAUGUGUGUAUAUAUGCAUCAUAUAUCCACAUAUAAUGUGUAUGUAUAUACUUUUGUAGUUUAUUUCCCACCCUUGAGUUUUUUUGUUUUGUUUAUUUUUUUUGCCUUAUGUUUUACUUGUUUAAUGUAUAUAAUAUUCACAGUACUACACGAUAACACAAUUCCGAUUUUGUCACUUGCCCCAUGUACAACAUAAUGUACAUGUCAGUAUGCAUGUGUGUGAGAGUGUGUGUAUGUGCGUGUGAUGGUCUACUGGCAAAGGUAUACACACGUUCUAUAACUAUAAUACUGUAUAUUCAUAUGUUGAUGAUUGCGGUAACGAUAGGAGUUGUGAUCUGUUGGCAUUCCUCUAAACAAACAUGGCUUUCUUUUCGAAACAGAGCCAUUUGUGGUCGUUUGUAGAGACAGCUUCUAGACUACAAAGGUUAGGUUUUAGUCUUGGCUGCGUUUUAGCCCAAUCCCUUUUCUAGAAACUGGUUUAACUAGGUAUUGAUACACAGCUCCUGUAGUUGUUUGGAGGCGCAGUCUCGCUAAGCCCCUCUAACAAACUCAAACAGCGUGAAACGACGGCCUAGAGAGACACUCGCAGGGGUCUCGGGCUGUGUUCAAAACCGCUGUUGUACGGCGAAUAGUAUAACAUCACUCCCACGCCUUGCAAAUCAACAACAGUGUGAUAAGGAAUAAAUAUGUUGCGAUCAUUCACUAAUAGAGACUUUACUGCAUAUACCCCAAAGCCUUUACGUCUCCACCGCGGAUGGAGACGGGGGCCGGUCUGAAACGUAGGGCCCCAAACUGACAGGGGGGAGGUUAACUAGGAAUGUGAUCCUGGAGCUACUGGGAGCUAGCUCAAGCCUGUAUCGUAAGACUAAAUAAGUACCGAUAACCGGAAAUGCUGGCAGUCUAUACAAUCUCUACCAUAGGCUGGUCAGUAGAAGCAUUGUGAAAAGAUGUGAAAAGGAAAGACUGCUCACUAUAUGAGCAGUGAGUGACUCUCGUAAUUCCUUCCCUAUGAGUGGACAUGAGGGAAGAUGCCUGUAAUAGCUUUUUGCUAUGUCCUCUUCAAUUCUAGGGAUUUAAAAAAAAAUCUUGAUGACCAUCAAUAGGGUGGUUUAGUUGAGUGUGGAAUGUAACGCUCUUGGUUCAGAAUUCUCGUCAGCCACUCAAAAUCACACUAGUGCCACCACGAGCCUGUAAAAAAAGAAAUGCUUGAAAAAAAAUGUGUCUGUAUUUAACACGUAACGUUUCUUCUCACCAAAACAAAUGUUAUGAACAGUUUUAAGUAUUGCUAGCAAAGAAAGUACACUUGGUAGAGAGCUAGAUAAUGCACACAUACACAACAAACUGUAGUCCAAAUGUAAGCAAAGAGCACAUGCAACAUACUCACCAAUAGAGGAAAGGGGGUAUCUCUCACAAUACUCUCUCACAAUACUUUGUUAGUUUGUGCAUCAGUCAUUUUCCGUUUUCCUCGCAAGAUAACUUUGGUUGGGAGGCAACGCUUCAAUAAGGGUGCCUAUUUACCCUCACAUCCUAAAAUAUCUAGAUAACAGUACAUGGAUUGGAUCCAUGUGGAAUGGAUCAGAAUGGUCUGUGGCUUGAGAUCAGUUAAAUCUCCAUUCUGCCUUACUGUACAUGCAACGAAGCCAAUCCCAUUGCCAACAUUGACCGGAACUGGUCAGGAACUCAAAUGUUGGGCCUGCUUGUUCAAGACUUUGGCUUUUUAUCCACCUGUAGGCAGUUCACUUGACCUCAAUCACCCAGUCGCCUAAUGAGGCUCCACUAUUUCAAGUGGGCCCAAGAGAAUGUGAAAGUAAUUGUCUUAUUUUUAAAAGUUCAUAUUCUGUCAACUCAUACCCAAAUCAUGUUAUUGACUCAUCCUAUACUCGUAUUUGUGGCCAAAGCUUAACUUGGGGACAAAACACUUUAAAAAAAAUAAAUAAUAAUUUCCUCAUAGAGGAUGAGCUGGCCAAUCAGUGGGCUAAUCUUUUUAAUGACCGGUCAAUGCCCACACAGUUCUGCUUUUUAACAUACAAUAAAAUAAGUGAUUAUAGGUCAUAUUUCAUAGAAAUCUGGAAACACUGGACAGUUACUUUAAAAGAUAAUUGUAUCCUUUUCAAAUAUUGGCACUGGGUAAAGAAUGAGGCAGGCAAUAACCUGCUAUAACAAAGUCAAAUGAUUUGCUGAAAUCAAGCAAUUGUGAAGCACAGAGACUCGUCAGUACUAUAGUAAACACUAAAAGCCAAGCUUACAGAUGACCACAACCGAAGACCUGCAAACAGCAUGCAUCUUCCAAUAGCUUCUCGAAAGUGCUGUACAUUAUUUUAUACAAUUCUGCUUUCUGUCGUACAAUUUGUUGUAUUUAUUGAUUACAAAGAAAACCCUUUGAUCAUUUAGUGAUUUAUAGUAGCCGUUUAUUUGGUUGUACGUUUUUAGCUGUUUUACCUGGCUUUGCAUUAAUUAAUUUGAGAAUAAAUGUAAUAGAAAUGGCUGGUGGUUUAUUAAGCCCCAAAAAACACAAAACACAUCCUUGGGCUGACUUGGAUGUAAAAUGUAUUCCAUAUCAGUGUUGAAAUUCUCACUGAUCUGUGUGGGUAACAUACAUGCCGGUAAUAAGUGUUACUUUUCGCAUUUGUGCCAAUGUUACCCACUGACCCUGAGCUGUGAACUGAAAACAUGUCAUAAUUGACAACUCAUUGUGUUUCUUCUCUUGCUUACAGAAAGUGCCAGCUUUUUCCCCCUGAAUCAAAAUCUAAUCCGUCAUUUUUUUACACUUGGCCUGUAACAAGGUCCUCUGUUGACUUCAUAAGGUGCCCAAUAAAAGAGAAGUGUCCAGAACUUAUGGAUAUUCCUUCAAUGUUGAAUCACUUUCUGUUUUGCUUUCAGUUCCCCAUAUGAAAUUAAUCUACCCAUUGUGAAUGAUGAGGAUCCAAUGAGAGAAACGUAGCCCUUUUAAGACAGGAAAUACAGAUAAAAAGGCAGGAUGAAGUUAGGUCAUUUUACAUCAACAUGGCUGCCAGGGAACCUUACCCAAACUCCUGAAAGCAACUUUGAAGUUGGUUGUGUUGAUUCUUCAGCUCAGACAUCAUCUGUGACAAUACAGCACCACAGCCCUUACUAGCCAAAAAAAAGUAUAUUCUGUAACACAAAGAACACCCCAGAGGCUUUACCACAGUGCUCAAUAAGAUGCAACAGUAUUAUUACUAAAAUAGUGACCGCAUUAACAUGUGCCUGUGCAGUCCCAAUGAUCAGGUUAGUUCGCUGGGACCAAUGGUUUCUAGGCAUCAAUAGUCAAAGGUGCUCAAUCUCCCUGUAUUUGACCAUGUCAUUGUAUUUCCUUUGUCUCCUUUAGUUGUAUUCAUCAUAUGAAACAACUAUGUCAUAAGAGCAACCGUGACAGCAUGUGCUCUACCGGAUGGGAUGCCGAGACCCAGUCUGCAACGAACAUAGCGUGUGUUGGUUUUCAAGUCUCCUUGACAUACAUAGCCAAAGUAAUUGAAAAGCCUGAGCUUGUACUUGCCUGGAUUUACAGGUCUAAGGGGAAUGUAAGUAAAUCAGCAUGCGUUGCGUUUACAUGUGAACUGUUUACUCGUGGACUGAGGUGGAGUAUUAUCCAUGCAUCGAAGCAGUGUUUUAGAGGUGUUCUUUUCAAAAUCGUAAAACGGAGUAGCGCAUAUCGAGAGAAACAAACACACGAGAAUCAAACAUUGAAGUUGUACCCCAGCUGUCCUUUUGAUAAUUAGCAUUACAUUUUGCGAUCACCACAAACACAAAUUAAUGCACUGCCUUUUGGCUCUGAUCUAUUCUGACAGUCUUAUUUAUUUUUUUGUGUUUUAAAGCUAGUGAAAACCAGGGACAUGGUGCCAUGAUUUCUCUUACAGUGCUAUUGUGUGAAAUUAUAAUCACUUGUUAUGGAAUAAUUUUUUAUAGUCUUUUUCACACCAAUUCCUUUUGUGUAUUUGUACAGUGGCUUGGUGAUACUGAUAUGUUGCCAUGAGUUGAUAUUGUAACCAAUAAAAAAAAAGCUUUAACCAAG